AUGAAGCAAGAAGUCUUGAAACAUGAAUCUUUAAUAGAAGCAACAACACAGAGUCUGCUGUCUUCAGUACUUAAAAACCACCUAACACAGCCAGGUAGUGAUGAAGUUGCUCCUGGAGCAUCAGGGCAGGAAGAAGUUGCUCCUGGAGCAUCAGGACAUGUAGAAGUUGCACCUGGAGCAUCUGGACAGGUAGAAGUUGAACCUGGAGCAUCAGGACAGGAAGAAGUUUCUUCUGGAGCAUCAGGACAGGAAGAAGUUUCUCCUGGAGCAUCAGGGCAGGAAGAAGUUGCACCUGGAGCAUCAGGACAUGUAGAAGUUUCUCCUGGAGCAUCAGGACAUGUAGAAGUUGCUCCUGGAGCAUCAGGACAUGUAGAAGUUGCUCCUGGAUCAUCAGGGCAGGUAGAAGUUUCACCUGGAGCAUUAGGACAUGUAGAAGUUGCUCCUGGAGCAUCAGGACAUGUAGAAGUUUCUCCUGGAGCAUCAGGACAUGUAGAAGUUGCUCCUGGAGCAUUAGGACAUGUAGAAGUUGCUCCUGGAGCAUCAGGGCAGGUAGAUGUUGCUCCUGGAGCAUCAGGACAUGUAGAAUUUGCUCCUGGAGCAUCAGGGCAGGAAGAUGUUACACCUGGAGCAUCAGGACAUGUAGAAGUUUCUCCUGGAGCAUCAGGACAUGUAGAAGUUGCUCCUGGAGCAUUAGGACAUGUAGAAGUUGCUCCUGGAUCAUCAGGGCAGGUAGAAGUUUCACCUGGAGCAUCAGGACAUGUAGAAUUUGCUCCUGGAGCAUCAGGGCAGGAAGAAGUUGCACCUGGAGCAUCAGGACAUGUAGAAGUUUCUCCUGGAGCAUCAGGACAUGUAGAAGUUGCUCCUGGAGCAUUAGGACAUGUAGAAGUUGCUCCUGGAUCAUCAGGGCAGGUAGACGUUGCUCCUGGAGCAUCAGGGCAGGUAGACGUUGCUCCUGGAGCAUCAGGACAUGUAGAAGUUGCUCCUGGAGCAUCAGGACAGGAAGAAGUUGCUCCUGGAGCGUCAGGACAGGAAGAAGUUGCACCUCAAUCAACAGAAUGGGGAGAAGUUGCAAGAGACAUGUCUGAUCAAAUCCAGCUAUUAAGAUUAAUUUGGGAGAAGAGAAAAAUAGAUUUAAAAGGGAAAAACCUGGCCAGGCAAAUCUAUAACUUUAAACAUUUUAGAAGUCCUGAGAUGAUCCAGCAGCUGAGUAACAAUCUAGAAUUAGCUCAAUCUUUUUUGAAUGCAUACGUUAUGCAUUUUAACUUCACAUCAGUGUCUAUAGAUUUGGCUCUCCGAAUGUUUCUCCGAGUGCUUUGGCCAGAAGAUGAAUUUCAAUUGCAGCAUCAUUUUAUAUGUUUCUUCUCUCUCUGGUACCUCAAGUGUAAUGAAAGAGCACUGAACCUCCACCAGGGUGUGUACAACCUUUGCUGGGCUAUGAUUCUACUGAACGCUGAUCUUCAUGGGGGUCAGAAAAGGAAAAUGACCUGUAAAGAAUUUAUAGACAACCUGAAUAGCGUCUCUGACCAAUCUUGGUAUCCUGAAGUGCAUCUGAAGAACAUCUAUAAAUCGAUCAAAGCGUGUCCACUAUAUGCGUUCAGAGUCAACUCUAGAUAUGAGGAAAACGAUGAGGAAUACACAGUCUAUAAAACCGGUCAGCUCAUGUGCAAAAGAGUUAUGGAUGCGAAUGGGAGAAAAACCAGAAGGUGCAGGAGAUCAUGGAAGCACUUCAGUGCAACUCUGAAUGGCCUGCUUCUGCAGUUAGACAGUGAAGAUGAUUGCAAGAACAUUACCAUCAGUCUGCAUCAUGCAGUGGCUCACCCUCUGAAAUACAAAAACAUGCCCUAUCUCCUGUUCCUCAAGACUGCAGACUCCAGAGUUUUCUACUUCCAGACUGACAGUGAAGUAGAACAGAGGUUAUGGGUUUCAACCAUCAACCUGAUCGCUGCCCGUUUCUCCGCUCCUCCUCUCACUUCUAACACACAUGACAUCAACAAGCCACGCCCUCAGGUCCUACCAUCAUUCCCCAGUACCCUGUCUUUAGAGCAGCAGUUCAGGUACACCAAGGACCAGUUAGAGAAGGUUUCAGAAUACAUGUCUUACUAUCAGACAGUGCCUUUUAGAAAAGACGCGCCACAUUUAGAUUAUAUAAAGCAGGAGGUGAAGCGAUACACAACGUAUAUGAGAGUGUUGGAGAAGUCUGUUCGGCAUGAUGUAUCGCACAGUUGUGAAGUGGAAGAGAAAUGAUAGAUGGUGGUACAGUUUUUUUCACUCUGACUGCACCCAAGGCCUCCUCAUCUGGAAAUUAUGGAAAGACAAUUGAGACUCAAUGUGAAUGGGGAUGUUUUAAAAAAAGAAGCCAAUAUUAUGGUCAGGUGUCCUCAGAGUGGAUCUACCAAACAUCACAAUCACUUAGCUUUGAACUGAUAAUGUACAACGUAAAACCACGAAAUACUCUGUGAUACAGGGAACAUUAGAGAAAGAAAAGAUAUAUGUGGAGAACAGAAUGUUAAGGGCCUUACUCAAGGGCCCCAAGAGUGGCAGAUUGUCGAACCCACAUCCUCAACCACUGAGCUACCACCUCCCUAUAGCUUGCAAUAUAGUCCAUACUCCAAAUGUUCUGAAAUGCAUUUUGAAAUUGACUGAAUUCCUAAUUACUGAGGCACCACAAAUGUUUUUAUAUUUUUUUUUGAAUCAUAAACACAAUUGUGCACAAAUAAUAAUAAAUAAAUGCCAAAUUAGACUUUUUUUUCCUCCUACCUUUUCCUGUGGUCUUUACUGUUCAAA